GGAAACCACCUGUUUGGAGCACUAGCCGAACGGAUGCCAGCCAUGGCAAGAGAGAUUACGGUGCGACAGCUGUCUGGGGAGGAAGACUCAUUCGUAGUGUCCGCCCACACGACCAUCUGUGAAUUCAAGAGGCAGCUGCACGCUUGGCUGCCCUGCGAAGAUGAAUCCAAGCGCAACAUGAGCUCGGUGGAGGUGGUUGUUGGAGACAAGCACCUAUUGAACAAAGAGGAGCUAGUUUCAGAGGCCAUUCCAGGUGCAGAAGUCCUAGCUUUCCUCAGCAUCCAGCUGGUAGUGUGCUCAAGCUUCCAAGCCUCCGGCUGCGAAGUGGAAGAUUUGUUGGUUGUGGACAUUUCCGGAGACGUGAUUGCGAUUGAGGAUGAUGCCUUCAAAGGCUGCAGCUCAUUGGCAAGCGUUGCCAUUCCCAACUCUGUGACUAGGAUUGGAGACUCUACCUUUACAGAAUGCAGCUCAUUGGCAAGCGUGACCAUUCCCAACUCCGUGACUCAGAUUGGACAGAGUGCCUUCAAAGGCUGCAGCUCAUUGGCAAGCGUGACCAUUCCCAACUCCGUGACUCAGAUUGGACAGAGUGCCUUCAAAGGCUGCAGCUCAUUGGCAAGCGUUGCCAUUCCCAACUCUAUAACUAGAAUUGGAGGCUCUACCUUUACAGAAUGCAGCUCAUUGGCAAGCGUGACCAUUCCCAACUCCGUGACUCAGAUUGGACAGAGUGCCUUCAAAGGCUGCAGCUCAUUGGCAAGCGUUGCCAUUCCCAACUCUGUGACUAGGAUUGGAGACUCUACCUUUACAGAAUGCAGCUCAUUGGCAAGCGUGACCAUUCCCAACUCCGUGACUCAGAUUGGACAGAGUGCCUUCAAAGGCUGCAGCUCAUUGGCAAGCGUUGCCAUUCCCAACUCCGUGACUCAGAUCGGACAGAGUGCCUUUGAAGGCUGUAGCUCAUUGGCAAGCGUUGCCAUUCCCAACUCUGUGACUAGGAUUGGAGACUCUACCUUUACAGAAUGCAGCUCAUUGGCAAGCGUGACCAUUCCCAACUCCGUGACUCAGAUCGGACAGAGUGCCUUUGAAGGCUGUAGCUCAUUGGCAAGCGUUGCCAUUCCCAACUCUGUGACUAGGAUUGGAGACUCUACCUUUGCAGAAUGCAGCUCAUUGGCAAGCGUGACCAUUCCCAACUCUGUGACUGGGAUUGAAGAUUAUACCUUUGCAUGCUGCAGCUUAUUGGCAAGCGUGACCAUUCCCAACUCUGUGACUGGGAUUGGAAACUUUGCCUUUGAAGCCUGCAGCUCAUUGGCAAGCGUGACCAUUCCCGACUCCGUGACUGAGAUUGGAGAUUGUGCCUUUGCAGGCUGCAGCUUAUUGGCAAGCGUGACCAUUCCCGACUCCGUGACUGAGAUUGGGACUCGGGCCUUUGAUGGUUGCAGUUCAUUGGCAAGCGUGACCAUCCCUACUUCUGUGACUGUGACAAGAUGGGGUGCCUUUGCGCGCUGUAGCUCAUUGGCAAGCGUGACCAUUCCCAACUCCGUGAUUGGGAUUGGAAACACUUCCUUUGAAGGUUGCAGCUCAUUGGCAAGCGUCACCAUUCCCGAGUCUGUGACUGAGAUUGGAGAUUGUGCCUUUGCAGGCUGCAGCUUAUUGGCAAGCGUGACCAUUCCCAACUCCGAGACUUAUAUCGGAGAACGUGCCUUUGAAGGCUGCAUCUUCCUUUUGGAGUCAGAUGGGACAUGAAGACAUUUGUAGCUUGGAGUAUGGCGACAAUGUUGCUAGUUUGGGUUUCCCACCCCCAGUUUGUAGAACAUGCCAUCCCAAGAUUCCUAUUGUUGAGAGUUACACCCAUGUUGCCGCGCGCUUGCGCGCCCGAACUUGGCGUCAAGCCCUUCAAAAGGGCGACGCGUGGCCCCGGAGCCGUUUCGGUCACAUGAUGGGGCCGUUUUUGUGAUUCCGACAACGGCCGUGUCUAUACCGCGCCAACAA